AUGGAAGAGGAAGAAGCCAUGAGAGCACCCAGAAGAAAGCAACAGGAGGAAGCCACCACCACGUCUAAGCUGGAAAUCAACAGCAGAAGCUCUCAUGGACAGACUUGUGUCCCCUCAAAUCCAUCUGUGGAAGUCCCAACACCCAACGUGAUUAUAUUUGGAGAUGAGGAGGGCUCGCCGCCACCCCCCGAGCCCCGGAUAACUCUCCAAGUGGGGGGGCAACCGGUGGACUUCCUAGUCGAUACAGGAGCUACCUAUUCUGUGCUGACUCAACCAUUAGGAAAACUGACCAAGCAAUCUGUCAAUGUGAUAGGAGCUACAGGGGGCCGAAAAUCGUACCCAAAGGUGACAGCUAGUCUGGCUCGACCUGGACAUAGACUGGUCCAACAUGAUUUUCUCUGGGUCCCUGAGUGCCCGGAUCCCCUUUUAGGGCGGGACCUUCUACAUAAAUUACAGGUGCAAAUUGACUUUGUUACGAAUGAACCUAGACUGAAGCUAGGGACUGAUACCCCCUCAAAAUCAGAGGGUAUUAGAGUGUUGGCUCUUGUCCCAGAAGGAGAAAGUUACCGCCUGCUGGGAAGUUUGUCUGGUGCACCCGAGUUGUCACGGACUGACUUAGAAUUAGAACUGCUGAACAAAUGGAAACAGGAGAUUCCAGAAGUCUGGGCAGAAAACAACCCUCCAGGGCUAGCAGUCAACCAAGUCCCCCAUGUGGUAGAACUCUUGCCUCAGGCACGCCCCAUCUGCUUAAGGCAAUACCCAAUAAGCCUGCAAGCCCGGAAAGGAAUUAAAGUCCACAUACAGAGACUAAGAGACAAUGAUAUUCUCAUUCCUUGUGUCUCUCCCUGGAACUCGCCCUUGCUCCCAGUUCAGAAACCGGGGACGAAUGACUAUCGCCCUGUACAGGAUCUCCGAGAGGUUAAUAGACGAGUGCUGACUCUACACCCAACAGUGCCAAAUCCUUACACCCUGCUCAGCCUCCUUAAUCCGGAGAACACCUGGUACUCUGUCCUGGACUUGAAGGAUGCCUUCUUCACCCUGCCUCUUGCUCCGGUGAGUCAACCCCUAUUUGCCUUCGAGUGGACUGACCCAGAUACAGGGGUAAAGGAACAGCUGACCUGGACACGUUUACCUCAGGGCUACAAGAACUCUCCCACCCUUUUUGACGAGGCGUUAGCAAGAGAUCUCUUAGGAUUUAGAGAGGAACACCCCGAGAUAGUGCUCCUUCAAUAUGUAGAUGAUUUGUUGAUAGCCUCAACGUCCCUAGAAACAUGUCAAGAGGCAACUGAGGAGUUGUUAAAGACUUUGGGACGAUUAGGCUAUAAAGUCUCGGCUAAAAAGGCUCAACUGUGUCGCCAGGCCGUGACUUACCUGGGCUAUAAAUUACAAGAAGGAAAGAGGACUUUAUCAAAAGAAAGAAUCCAAGCCAUAUUACAAAUCCCAUCCCCAGAAACUAAGAAACAGGUGCGGGAGUUUCUGGGAGCUGUCGGAUACUGCAGACUAUGGAUUCUAAACUUUACUGAAAUCGCUCGCCCAUUGUAUGACUCUUUAAAGGGAGAGACUCAAAAGUCGCUCGACUGGACAGAUGAGUGCGAGCAGGCUUUCCAACAGCUCAAGCGAGCUCUGACUGAGGCUCCAGCCCUGGGGCUCCCUGAUGUUACUAAACCCUUCACCUUGUUCGUAGAUGAACUCAGAGGCAUAGCAAAAGGGGUUCUGACUCAAGAUAUUGGCCCUUGGAAGAGACCUAUAGCCUAUCUUUCUAAAAGACUCGACCCAGUGGCAGGAGGGUGGCCUCCGUGCCUGAGAAUUUUGGCCGCUGUGGCAAUGCUACUCAAAGAGGCUAAGAAGCUCACUUUUGGACAAAAGAUUUCUGUGGUAACCUCCCACAGCCUAGAGACUCUUAUUAAAACCCCCCCAGAAAAAUGGCUUUCAAAUGCCAGAAUUCUACACUAUCAGGCCUUGCUUCUAGACCCAGAAUCAGUAGUUUUCAAGACCUCCUCAGCUCUAAACCCAGCCACUCUCAUGCCCGACGAUAACCCAGAAAACCAACAGAUGCCUCUCCAUGAGUGUGCUGACAUUCUCGAGUUACAGCAGAACUUGCGAGCUGAUCUAACCGACCAGCCUUUUAAGGACGCUUACAAUUAUUUCACCGACGGAAGCAGUUUCAUUCAGGACGGGAGGCGAGUGGCCAGCGCAGCAGUGACCACCGAGAAAGAGGUACUCUGGGCUAAGCAGUUAGAGCCUGGCACUUCUGCCCAAAAGGCAGAGCUCAUUGCUCUGACAGAGGCAUUAAAGCUAGCCUCAGGAAAGAGGGUAAACAUCUACACAGACAGCAGAUAUGCUUUUGCUACUGUACAUGUACAUGGAGCUAUUUACCAUGAACGCGGUCUCUUGACCUCGGCCGGGACUAAGAUUAAAAAUGCCCCACAGAUCCUAGACUUGCUAGCAGCUGUCUGGCUACCUCAGCAAGUCGCUAUUAUUCAUUGCAAGGCACACCAAGUGGGAGAUGACCCCAUCAUCAUAGGAAACAAUUUGGCCGAUCAGGCUGCCCGAAAAAUAGCAACCACAUCAGAGGGGCCUGCAGAGGAAAUGACUGCCCUGAUGCUAGUCCCUCAAGCCUUGUCAGAGCCUGUUUAUUCGAAGACAGAUUUACAGCUAGCAUCUCAACUUGGAGCCAAACCCCGCACUCCAGGGGGCUGGUAUCAGCUGCCCGACAAGCGAGUGCUGUUACCCGAAGCACUAGGACGAGAGCUUUUGCAGCAAGCUCAUCAGGCUACUCAUUUAGGAGGAACUAAACUAGCAGAAUUGUUCAGAGAUCGAUUUUUCAUUCCAAAGCUCUCCAAACUAACUGCCUCUCUGAGCUCUAGAUGUCCACAGUGUUUGUUGGUCAACCCAACCAGGAAACCUCCACUGGAAACCACCCGGUAUCGAGGAACCUCCCCAGGAGAACACUGGGAAGUGGACUUCACGGAUAUGUCCUUACAGAGUCUCCAGCCUGUACUGACCUCAAUUCACCGGCUGUUCAGACAAAAACAUCCGAACCCCCCCUUGGGAACGCUGCCCCAAGCGUCAAUUGAGCCAGGAACGUCGGUCCUGGUGCGACGACACCACCGGGAUUCGCUUGAGCCGCGCUGGGAGGGACCGUUCACCGUGGUGCUCAGCACUCCCACCUCCGUCAAGGUAGCAGGAAAGACUGCGUGGAUCCACCACACACAAGUCAAACCACUGGAAGCUACAGACGACGAAAAGGGUCCCCGAUGGACAGUACAACGGACUGGUAACCCAUUAAAGUUAAAGUUUGUAAAGGACUCUCAGCCAUAAAAUUAUGUCUGUACUAUGGUAUUUGGCUUGGUGCUCGAUUAUAAUUGUAAACCCCGGGAAUGGGGACUGGAUUGUUUCAGACGAGAAAACUAAAAGGGAACUAGGGAGAGCUAAAGGCACGAUAAAUCAAGUCACCAUUGACCUAUGUAUACUUUUCAAUGGGAUAAUAAUUAAUGAUGACAGCCCAACUGGCAGGGUAGGUGGGUCGGUCCACCGUAACCUCUGCUCGGGCCGUGGGCCUAAAGCUCUGCAAGUUAUGUUCCAACUCAAGCAGGCAUCCCUGUAUGUAUGUCCUAAAAACCAGCCUGACCCCAAUUAUAAUGUGUACUGUGCCUCCGAUCCAAAACAUCAAUAUUGUUAUUCAUGGUCAUGUGUCACAGGAGGCCUAGAUGGAUACUAUAACUCUGAAAAGUAUCUCGCUGUCAAGUACAUAGGAAACAAAAACUGUUAUGGUGUUUAUACUUGUAACCCAGUCCAGCUGACCUUUCUAAAUCCAACGGAUUUUAGGUGGCUGGGGCAGGGACUUACUUACGCUGUUAAAAUUUAUAAAUCUGGACAUGAUCCUGGAAUUAGUAUCAAUAUCUUAUACAAGCCACCUAGAAAGCCUCCUGUAGUCAUUUACAGGAGAGGACGCCGCCCAGUGACAGCCCCCACUCAGAAGGCACCCAUUAAUUUCCCACUCAGUCGACCCCGGAGGCACACUCCGACGACUAAAGUGACUGAGGCCACAUACAAUGGGAGCAUUUACCACACAGACCAGCCCCAGAUAAAGCUGUGUAAAUGGAGGGGGAAAGGGGGCAUCCCAUACUGGAUAGAGAUUAGAGUGCCUAGCUUCGAUCCAACCUCGAUGCAACCUUCAACAAGGGCUACAAAAACUGGUUUGAGAAGGUCUAGACGGGCACAGACUGAGCCCAAAGCCUCCGCCCCACCUUCAAUGAUAGCGGAAAUAUUCCAACCUUUGGAAGUAGCAGCUGAGCUACUUAACAGUUCCCUUGAUAGCGAUUUAAAAAUCCCAUGCUGGCUGUGCAUGUCCCCAGAGCCCCCCUUCUAUGAGGGCUACAUCACGGUCACUGAUAAACUAGCCUCCGAUCCCUCUAGAUGCAAAAUGCUCCUUCCCCAAUCGCUAUGGAAAGGCACCAGUUUAGAGGGGAUAACUGGUACCUGCAUAUAUCAUUUUAGCCACACAGCCCCUGAGUAUUGCGACCUUUCUCACUCUUAUCGCAUCACAGGAGCUGGUGACGCUACUCCCCUAAUAGCCCCGGCCAGCCAUUGGUGGGCUUGUACUUCAGGAUGGUUCCCUUGUAUGAUUUCAAAAAAGUUCGUUGUUGACCAGGAUGAGGUGUGUGUACUAACCCAGGUUCUGCCUAGAAUCUACUGGCACUCCGAGGAAGAAGGGAACCGGGCUCUCAUCUCAGCCAGUCACCAGAUCAAUAAGAGAAGUCCAGCCCUCCCUAUUAUGGCUGGGAUCAGUGUAUUCUCAGCCCUCGGGAUGAGUGCUGCGUCCAUGGGAGUUAGCAUACACCAAUACAAUAUGCUAUCUCAACAGGUAGAUGAAGAAAUAAAAAGAGUCCAAAAUGCUAUUGAGGCCUUAGAGAGUUCAAUGGACUCAUUAGCUGAAGUAGCUCUCCAAAAUCGCAGAGUACUAGACCUCUUGCUUGCUGAAAAAGGAGGACUGUGCUUGGCCCUGGGAGAGCAAUGCUGCUUGUACGCCAAUAAGUCUGGGGUAGUUAGACAAAACUUAGCGGAACUCCAAAGAGGCAUACAAGAAAGAGAGAGACUAAGACAAGGAGCUCUAGGGUGGGCGGAGCAAAUGUUCUCCUUCCCACCGUGGAUAACCAACAUAAUAGCGACCGUAGCCGGUCCUAUCAUUGUGAUUCUAGUGCUAGCCACUUUGGGCCCCUGCAUAGUAAAUAGGCUGACUGCAUAUGUCAAGCGUCAGGUACAAAGUAUAAAAUUAAUGAUGGUCAGGCAACAAGCGUAUGAGCUUGUCCCCAGCAGACCUUAAGUACGGCCAAGGAUUUGGCCCAGAAGUCACAACAUCAGAGGGGAAUGUUGUACUCUAAGAAAGUAGCUUCAUCAUUUUGUGUAUUAUAGCAAACCUGUACCGCGGCUUACUAAAUGUUUUCUUUUCUUAACUGAUAUGUUAAGUGACCCAAUUGAUAUGUUGAGCAAUACUCUCCCCUGUAAAGAAUUGCAAGAAUUUCACUUAAUUGAAAUGUUAAUCACGGAGCGGCCCUCUACAAACAAGAAGAGUGGUGCUAAAACAAGCUAACAAGGGCUGUUAAUCACGGGUAGGCGCCUCUAGUCUUCGCUAAAGAACUAAAGAAGACAAGAAGGCCCACUAAUUUACACAUUGUUUGAAGUAGUGUGUUUAUAUGCAGGGAGAUUUGCCCAUGAGUUUAACCUUUUUACCUAACCUUAGUUACUCUUCCCACAAGAUAGAUACUCGCCGUUUUCCUGUUCUGUAGCGCGCCUUAUUGCCUCCCCCCCACCCACCUAUCUGGGCCAUAAAGAAUUUGGGUUUCUGGUGACCUCUCCCCGACCUGGUGAUGAUCUGUCAUAAAAUGAGCCUGCCCCAAUUUUAAGAACUGUUUAGCUUCAAAGAAAUUACCGGGAAAUACUGUGGCCCAAACCCCGAUUGGUGCUUUCCUUUUGUUCUGUAUGUACCAAUGGGUUAGAUAUCAGAUCUUUGUAAAACUUAAGUUCCAGCAUCUCAUAACUCGUGACCCCUUCGCACUCACUGGCGAAGACAAGCUGUCCUGGGAUAAUUAACUCUCCACUUUCUUCCCCAAAUAUUGCUGCAGAUGUGCCACUCUGAGAUAAUGUCAGUCUGCAGGAUGGGAGUAAUUUGAGCAACACCAGGAACUCCCGGGACUGUCAGAGCUAAGUGGACAGCAAUACAGUUUCCAGAUGCGGGUCAACAGGUUUAAUGGCCUUACAGGUUUCCUCCCCACUUUCCCUUACUUUUAAAAACCCCUUUCCCCAGUCUGGGGCGCGCAGUCUUUGGUUUGAUCUAGGAGAGACUGUGCCGCCAGGACUGGCUCAAUAAAGCCUUUGCCACUUAA